UUCAUUAAUAAAAAGGAUUUGAAAGAUUUAAUUUCCAGGAUCCAUAUGUUUUCGUCCAUAAUUCAUGUCUUCCCGAAGGUCUUACUUGGCACCCCUUUUGUGUUUAUAUAUUUGUACCCCAAUGUCGACUUUCAUCAUUUCAUCCAACCAAAUAAAAUUGUGUUAUAAAUACUAAGGACUCUCUAAUGGGUGUUCUUAGCAUGAAGGGUGGAGAUGGAGAACACAGUUAUGCUAAUAAUUCUGAGGCGCAGAAAAGUAUUACUUCUGAUGCAAAACCGGAGGUGGUGAAGAGCGUAAACGAAAUGAUAGUGAAAAUGGAUUUUCCUGGGUGCAUCAAAGUGGCCGACUUGGGAUGUUCUUCCGGAGAAAACACGUUCUUGGUUAUGUCUGAAAUCGUUAACACAAUCAUAACAACAUACCAACAAAAGGGUCAAAACCCACCCGAGAUCGAUUGUUGUCUGAACGAUCUUCCAGACAACGACUUCAACACAACUUUCAAGUUGAUCCCUUCCUUCCACGAGAAACUGAAGAUGAAUAUUAAAGGAAAGUGCUUUGUCUCAGGAUCUCCAGGCUCAUUCUACACAAGGCUUUUCCCAAGCAAGUCUCUUCAUUUUGUCCAUUCAUCUUUUUGUCUCCACUGGCUUUCUAAAGUUCCUGAUGGGCUUGAGGAAAAUAAGAAGAACGUGUAUCUUAGAAGUCCAUGCCCUCCAAGUUUGUACGAGAGUUAUUUGAAUCAGUUUAAGAAUGAUUUCUCAACGUUUCUAAGAAUGCGUGCGGAAGAGACAAUGCCUAGUGGACGCAUGGCUCUCACUUUAGUGGGCAGAAAAACUUUGGACCCUUUAUCUAAAGAUUGUUUCAAAGAUUGGUCGUUGGUAUCUGAUUCCCUCCUCGAUUUGGUGUCUGAGGGAGUUGUGAAGGAAUCAGAUUUGGAAUCUUUCAAUUUGCCGUAUUACAAUCCUGAUGAAAGUGAGGUGAAGGAAGUUAUCGACAACGAGGGCUCAUUCGAGAUCAACAAUUUUGAGACAAUAUUUGGGCUUCUCUUUUCGUACAAAACUGGUCGUAGUGAAGUGAAAGAUGAUUGUGAUGAUGAUGUGGACCAUUCACGUCGAUUUGAAGUGGUUAAAAAGAGGGCUAACCUGGCAAGAUCCAUCAUUGAACCAAUGCUUGUUGCUCAUUUUGGAGACGCCAUUAUCGAUCGGCUGUUUGAGAAGUAUAUAUAUCAUGCAGGCCGACGUUAUGAUACCUUGCGCAACAAACCAACCGUUAAUUUCUUUGUUUCGUUAACUAGGAAGUGAAGGAUUGUCGGUCUACCAAUAAUUGAUGAAAAAUAAUGAUCCUUGGUGAGGAUUGGCCAACAAAGCCAAUUAAUAUGUUAUUUAUUGUGCUUUUAAUUUCCCUGUUAUGUAUUGUUGUGCUUUAAAUGUGUGUUUAAUAUAUGUCAGUAUCUAUCUCAAUAAAACAGCUACAUGCCUUAUUUUGUAAA